AUGAAUUUCGACAAAAAUGAGGAGUUCAACAACCUCUUCGGCGAAGAAAAGGAUGUUUUCAAAAACUCUGAUAACCCGCUUCAGUUCCACCCGGGAGAUACGAAUGUGACGCCGAACAUCCUGCUAGAGCAGCUUGCAUACGUGGACAACUUUAUGCCGGAUUUCGAAGGGGACCUGGCGUCUUUCGGCGGUCCUGCACACGGAACUUCUGACAUGCCAAGCGCAGGACUGGGUCUCGACGAACGUCUUGCGGCAGAGCUGAGUGCGUUUGCAGACGAAACCUUUAUUUUUCCAGACGAGGACAAACCCGUCGACGCAGGCGACAACGGCGCGGACAAUGAUGAUAAUGAUAACCGCAAUAACGCCUUUGAUCGUCCGUCUCACAACGACGCAGAUCGUGGACCGGAAGCCUCAUCUUCUGCUUCUGCUUCUGCAUCCGCUUCGGCGUCCAAUCAAAAUCUUCACGGCCUCACAAACGGCGAAAGGGACCUUUCAAGACCGGACGCGUCAGAUCUGUCGUCGUUUCAAAAUCGGAGCUCAAAGUUCUUGUCGCAGCGUCGUAACAAUUUCCUGGCCUCGCAGCAUGAUACACGCCUCCGGUUUUCCUCUAAAAAUCGUCAACGCGAAACUACGAGAUCUCCUGCAGAGGAUCAUGGCGGUUUCACUAACGUUGACAUAACCGAAGGCCCUUCUCACCAAAACGGACAACAAGGACUUGCAUACAUUAAUUCUCCUCUCAACAAUCUGCUCUCUGAUUCCAAUCCUCAGACUGUUGAAAUGAUUUCAAAUGGCUCAAACACACCUUCAUUUCCAUCGCAGGCGUACCGCCAAACUGGCAACUUUCCACUUGAGAAUCACAGAGAGCCCUCACCAGAGUCUAGAGUACCGUCACACAUUCACAUGCCCAAUUACUCGUCAAUACCGACGCGAACCCUUCUGACUUUACUACCGAAAGCCAGGGUACCGACGGGAGCUCGGAAUGCCCUAACGGCAGCCGGUUUGCAAUCUGAAGAGAUAGAUUCAAUUGCUGCUAUUAUGGCUUAUCACCAGUUGAACAACAAUUCUGAUUUUUCCAGUGAUCUUUCGCUUGCCGCUAUUAGAAACUUACUUUCGAACGAAGUUGGAGCCAAUUUUCUGCUGCCGUUUCUCACUGGUGAUAAUCAACCAGCACAAAUGAAUGAGCUUUCUUCAGCAGCAAGCACGCGGGUCGAGUCUGCUGCUAAAGCCAGUUCUAACUCUCCUGUAAACGACAGAAAUAUUGGAAACCCUGCUGAUAAGCUUCUCUGCAAUUUCUUUAAUAUCGAUGGCGGCAAAACUAGUGCCAAUCUUAAUGAAACUGGAACUAAUCGCGGAAAUUCUACGAGCCAUACACCCAGACACUCAAUCACAUCCUCUGCUGUCGAAAAUGAGCCUGUGGUCUCGGGACAAGAGCAGAAGAUCACAAAACAGCCAAAUCGCGAGAGAAGCGAUAGUAGUGUAAGCCUUACUGAAAAACGUACGAAGACCAAUCCCAAACGCAAGUUGAAGGAACAGGAAAUGGAGGGGUCGAUUCAAGAGCUGAGUGAACUGGCUUUGAAUCUUCAGCAGAGAAUACAAACUCUAGAGAUGGAAAACAGGCUUUUGAAAAAUUUGGUGACUGAAAGAGGUGAGCUCACGGGCGUUGAAGAAGUUGAAAACGUCCGCCGCGAGCUCCUUCGCAAAAUAAAAGAAGACAACAGUCGUGGACCGGUAAAGAAGGAGUAA